UCUUCUCUCAAUUUAUGUUAAUCAGCCCUACUUAGAAGAAGAUAUAGCAGUUCUUAAUUCUUAUCGUACCUUGUUGGUUCACGUGUGUGAAUCUCAUUCAACCACCUCAGAUUUCUCCCUUCACAAAUGCAAAUCAAUAAACCCUUGCUUACACUGCCACCACUACUAAAGAUAACAAGCAAUCUGGGCGCGUACCUCACCUCAGCUUGCUCUGUUUUUGCCUUUCCCAUGCCCCCCUUAAUGGCUCUUAAAGCUAAUGCUAUGACGCCCACUUAUCUUCACCGUUCAUUCUUCACUCCUCAGACUCCAUCUCUCCCUCCCAUCAAACGGUACCAUCGCCUUCACACACAUAUUCGUCUCCGUUGUCGAUCUUCACUUGUUGAUGAGCAGCAGAAAGAAGUUGUCUCGUUUUCUCAACCGGAAAAUUCUCUCAUUGAUGCUCUCAUUGGUGUCCAAGGUCGAGGCCGCUCUGUUUCAUCUCAGCAGCUCAGCUGUAUUGGUUUCUUCAGAAUGUCGAACGGGCUGUCAGUGUUCUCGAAGGGUUGGAAGGCGUGCGAGAUCCGGUAAUCCGACAAACUCUAGCCUAAUUGAAGGACGUUGGCAGUUGGUAUUCACAACUAGACCUGGAACAGCGUCCAUAAUACAGAGAACAUUUGUUGGAGUUGAUUUCUUCAGUGUGUUUCAAGAGAUAUUUCUACGAACAAACGACCCACGAGUCUCCAAUAUUGUUAAAUUCUCUGAUGCAAUCGGUGAGCUGAAAGUAGAGGCGGCUGCAUCAGUCAAAGAUGGCAAACGCAUCCUUUUCCAAUUUGACAGAGCAGCAUUUUCUUUUAAGUUCUUGCCUUUUAAGGUCCCAUAUCCUGUACCGUUCAAACUUCUUGGAGAUGAAGCAAAGGGCUGGUUGGACACCACAUAUUUAUCUCCCUCAGGGAACCUCCGCAUCUCAAGAGGAAACAAGGGCACCACGUUUGUGUUGCAAAAGCAAACAGAAGCAAGGCAAAAAUUAUUGCUAGCAAUUUCUACAGAUAAAGGAGUUGAAGAGGCAAUUGAUAAGCUCAUCUCUGAAAAUCAGAAUGAAAAUAAAUUUGAAGAGGAACUUCUCGAGGGAGGAUGGAAUAUGUUAUGGAGUUCACAGAUGGAAACAGAUAGUUGGAUAGAGAAUGCUGCAAAUGGUCUCAUGGGGAUGCAGGUUAUCAAGAACGGGCAAAUGAAGUUUGGAGUGGAUAUGUUGCUAGGACUGAGAUUCUCCAUGAUUGGUACCCUUGUGAAAUCUGGAGACAACGCAUACGAUGUAACCAUGGAUGAUGCUGCAAUUAUUGGAGGCCCCUUUGGAUAUCCUUUGGGAAUGGAGAGCCGGUUCAAGCUCCAACUUCUAUACAAUGAUGGGAAGAUUAGGAUCACACGAGGAUACAAUAACAUCUUGUUUGUGCAUGUACGGGUGGCUGAAUCAAAGCAGGUGUAAGAAGACUUGUCAAAAGAAGGAAGCCCUUGAGGUUAGGAACCCGUGUAUAGUAGUAGUAAGACAUGCCCUCGGCGUCUUUACAAUGUAUAUUCGUCAAUUGAAGUUGUAAAGAUCUCGAACGUCAAAAUUUCACCACCAUCCUUCCAAUGAAGAAUUUCAAUCUCAAGUUUUAUCAAUUAGUUAGACGGGAGUAUCUUUCAUUUGUGAAUCUCAAACCAAGGUGUUCUUUUUUUUUUUUCCACUCUUUGGUGAAAAGUAGAAAAUGGAAUGUUGCUAUUUGUUA